AUGUACUUCUCAAAUGACACCAAGUUCCACCCCUCUUCUUUCUUCCUGCUGGGAGUUCCGGGCCUUGAAGAGAUGCACAUUUGGAUAGGGCUUCCUUUCUGUUUUGUAUAUUUGACUGCCCUUGUUGGAAACUUCACUAUUCUGUUUGUGAUCAAGAUUGAACACAGCCUUCAUCAGCCCAUGUUUUACUUCUUGGCUAUGUUAGCCUCCAUUGAUCUGGGCCUGUCCACAUCCACUAUCCCCAAGAUGUUGGGCAUAUUCUGGUUUAAUUUAAAGGAGAUUAGCUUUGGGGGUUGUGUCACCCAGAUGUUCUUCAUUCAUAUGUUCACUGCUAUGGAGACCGUGGUGUUGGUGGCCAUGGCCUUUGAUCGCUAUACUGCCAUCUGCAACCCUCUGCGGUACAGACUGAUUCUCACUAAAAGAACUAUUGGUUUCAUCCUUGUGGUGGUGUUUGGCAUCAAUUUCAUUUUGGUUAGCCCUCUGGUGCUUCUUAUCUUGAGGCUUCCCUUCUGUGGACACCAUAUAAUACCCCACACAUACUGUGAGCACAUGGGAAUUGCUCGGCUGGCCUGUGCCAAUAUAAAGGUAAACACGGUAUUUGGACUAAUCCUUGUAUCAAUGGUGUUUGUUGAUGUGGUUCUGAUUGUCAUCUCCUAUGUGAGAAUCCUCCAAGCUGUCUUUUGCCUUCCUUCUCAGGAGGCCAGACUCAAAGCACUUAAUACGUGUGGCUCCCAUAUUUGUGUUAUCUUAGCCUUCUUCACUCCAGCUUCUUUCUCCUUCAUGACCCACCGGUUUGGCAGAAAUGUUCCUGUAUAUGUUCACAUUCUCCUGGCCAACCUAUAUGUUGUUGUUCCACCUGCCCUUAACCCUGUCAUCUACGGUGUGCGAACUAAGCAGAUUCGGGAGAGGGUUUCAGUCAUCUUUUUUAAAAAAGGCUGA